UUCAAAAUUUUAAAUUACAAAGUCAAUAAGCAUUUAUAUAAUAUAUUCGUAAAAAGAAUCGAGUGAAUUUAUUAUCCCCUCCAAGUAGCAAUACGACUAGUUGAUUAGGGAGUAGUAAUUCGAUAAGAUUUUGUUUGGAAUUUAGUUUCUUAAGAAAACUGAUUAGUAAGACAGACCUAUAGCUGAGAAGAAGGGUUAAACGAGUUUUAAUAGGAAGUGACCGUAAUUUUCACCUGUCGAGUUUCACUUCUAACCUGAAUUCAUCAUUGGAUCUGUUUGUAAUAGUAACAUAUCUGUUCUUGAAACAUAUAUUUUCUUAUUUAAAAGUUAUAAAUUUAAAAUCAUCAAUAUUAAAAUUUUUGAAAAUAUUCUUACUAUUUUCUCAAGAUUACAGAAUUAAGUGCUAAGAAAAUAUUAUAUAAUAAUAUUAAAAACACGAGUUCCUCAGUGUAUGAUCAAUAACCGGCAUCACGUGUAUUUUCAAAUAUAUAUCUUUUCUGUAUAUUGUUAUGCACAUAAAAUAUUAAAGAUUAUUUUUUAGAGAUUAUUUCAUAAAAAUAUUAAUAUAGAUUACAGAAAAUAUAAUAUAUGAUAAAAUAUUUUAAAUAAAUUAAUCAUGUGGCCAAAAAAUGUUGGUAUUAAAGCAUUGGAAGUAUACUUUCCUGCUCAAUAUGUUGAUCAAACGGAAUUAGAACAGUUUGAUGGUGUUUCUGCUGGAAAAUAUACUAUUGGCUUAGGCCAAUGUAAAAUGGGUUUUUGUAAUGACCGUGAAGAUAUUAACUCUUUAUGUUUAACAGUUGUACAACGAUUAAUGGAUAGAUAUGAUAUAAAACCUGAAGAUAUCGGAAGAUUAGAAGUUGGAACUGAAACCAUAAUAGACAAAAGCAAAUCAGUUAAAACUGUUCUUAUGCAAUUAUUUGAACCAUAUAAUUGUACGGACAUAGAAGGAAUUGAUACAACUAAUGCUUGCUAUGGAGGUACUGCUGCUCUUUUAAAUGCUGUAUCUUGGAUAGAAAGCAGUGCUUGGGAUGGCAGAUUAGCUUUAGUUGUUGCUGGUGACAAUGCCGUAUAUUCAAAUGGAAGUGCUAGACCAACUGGUGGUGCUGGAGCAAUAGCAAUGGUAAUUGGACCAAAUGCACCUUUAAUAAUUGAUCGUGGAGUGAGAUCAUCAUGUAUGAAACAUGUAUAUGAUUUUUAUAAGCCAAACUUAAAGUCUGACUACCCUAUUGUAGAUGGACAAUUAUCAAUUCAAUGUUAUCUUAGUGCAUUGGAUACUUGUUACCAGACUUAUCGUAAAAAGGUGAUAGAUAAAUACAAUCAUAAUGUGACUUUAGAUAAUUUUGAUUCAUUUUUGUUUCAUUCUCCAUAUUGUAAAUUAGUACAAAAAUCAUUAGCUAGAUUAGCCUUUAUUGAUUUUUUGAAUACAUCUAAAGAGGAAAUAUCCAAAAAAUAUCCAGAAUUAGAAAAAUUUCAUGGUAUUAAACUUGAGGAAACUUAUCUCAAUAAAGAUAUUGAGAAAGCAUUUAUAAAUUUAAGUAAAAAUAUUUUUAUGCAAAAGACACAACCUUCUUUAAUGAUACCAAGUCAAGUAGGAAAUAUGUAUACCCCAUCUGUAUACAGUGGAUUAGCUUCUUUAUUAAUUAAUAAAUCUGUAAAAGAAUUAGCAGGAACCAAAGUGGGUAUAUUUUCAUAUGGUUCAGGAUUUUGUUCCACCAUGUAUUCAAUAACAAUAACAAAAGAUUAUAAUGAAAAAUCUGAUUUAGAGAAAAUUACUUCUUCACUUUCUUAUAUUAAACAACAACUCGAUGCUCGUCAAAAAGUCUCUCCAGCUGAUUAUACAAAAGUGUUAGAGUUACGUGAACAGAAUUGUCACACUGUACCAUAUAUUCCUCAAAGUAACAUUAAAAAUUUAUUUCCUGGAACCUAUUAUCUUGUACAAGUGGACGAAAAAUAUAGAAGAACUUACAAUAGAGUAUGAAA